AGCCCAAGGGUCCAGGGGCAGGGCGGUGUGGGCCUUUUCCUCCUCACACCAUCCGCGGCGGCGCCGACUCUCGUCGAUCGAGCUGGGCUUGCUGAAGACCGGAAACCUGGCUCUUGCCGGACACCGAGCUCAACGGUCGGGCAACACCAACCAAACCGCUCGGCGCACCAUGUUGCAACCGCCGCGCAGCAGAGAUCUGGUGUCGGCGUCGUGAUUUUCUGCGAGAGACGAUGGAUGGGCCUGCCCGCCUCAUUCACCUGCCGCUGGGGACGAGGGGUCUGUCCAUCAACCAGAGUGACGACUCGAGGAUCGGCUCCAGCCGCGACGACAGCACCAACAGCGGCACCAUCUCCACCCUCAAUCCGUCGGGGAACCUCGGCUUCACCUUCCUCCCCGUCGUCGUCUACUCGGCCGCUUGCUUUGCCGUCUUCAUCGUCCUGCGCCGCAGGUGCCGCCGCGUCUACGCCCCGAGGACCGUGCCGUCGCUGCGCGCGCCAGAGAGCGCGAGCCCCGAGCUGCCGGGCGGCUGGUUCAACUGGAUCAGGCCCUUCUUUGCCAUCAAGGAUGACUACAUCCUCAACAACUGCUCGCUGGACGGCUUCUUCUUCCUCCGCUUCCUGCGCGUGCUGUCCAUCAUUUGCCUUGCCGGCUGCAUCAUCGUAUGGCCCGUCCUGCUGCCGGUAAACGGGACCGGCGGCAGCGGCCUGUCGUCCCUCGACUCGCUGACCAUCGGCAACAUCAAGCUAGCCGACAGGUUCUACGCCCACGUUGUCGUUGCCUGGUGUUUCUUCGGCUUUGUGCUGUUCAUGGUGUGCCGAGAAUGCAUCUACUAUGUCAAUCACCGGCAGGCAUAUCUGCUGUCGCCCAACUACUCGAGCCGUCUCUCCUCGAGAACCGUCUUGUUCACCUGCAUUCCAAAGCCCUACCUGGAGGAGGCGAAGCUGCGGAAGCUGUUCGGCGACUCGGCAAAGAACUUCUGGAUCGUCAGGGACACCAGCGCGCUGCGCGCCCUCGUCGAGGACCGCGAGGAAACCGCCGACCGGCUUCAGCAGGCCGAAGUCAAACUCAUCAGACUGGCCAACGCAGCGCGGCAGAAGCACGUCAAGAAGCACCCGGCUCCCUCGACGCUCAACUCCCACCCCGACCAGGCGCCAGCCGCAUCGCCCGAGGUGCCUUCUUCAGGCGACGCAGAGAAGGGCCACGCCCAAACGGACACCGCCAUCCAGUUUGCCGAGCGUCAGCUGUCCGUGCUGGAUAGCCCGGCCCCGGAGAAGCCGGCGGACCCCGAGUACACGCACCCGUACGGCCUCCAUCCCUCGCUGCCGGAUGUUCGGGGCUCCGUGGCGGCCCUCUGGAUCCCCGCCGAAGCACGGCCGCAUCACCGCCCCCUCAGGAACUUUGGCCGCCGCGUCGACACGAUCCGAUGGACGAGGGCGCGGCUAAAGGUGCUGAACCGGGAGAUCUGGAAGCUCCGGCGGAAGCACCGCGCCGGCGACGGGUCGCCCCUGAACGCGGCCUUUGUCGAAUUCGACUCGCAGGCCAGCGCCCAGGCCGCCUUCCAGACCCUGGCCCACCAUCUGCCGCUGCACAUGUCGCCGCGCUACAUCGGCCUGCAGCCGGACGAGAUCGUAUGGAGCGCCCUGCGCAUCCGGUGGUGGGAGCUCAUCAUGCGCCGCUUCUUCAUGAUGGGCGUCAUCGCCGCCGCCGUCAUCUUCUGGUCCAUCCCGGCCGCCUUCGUCGGCAUGCUCACCAACAUCCACGAGCUGAGCCAGAGCAUCUUCUUUCUGAGCUGGGUCGUCAAGCUCCCCGCGCCCAUCCUGAAUAUCGUCCAGGGCCUGCUGCCCGCCCUGGCCCUGUCGUGGCUGAUGUCCGCCGUCCCCUGGAUGCUCAGGGGCUGCGCGAGGGUUGCCGGCGUGCCUUCGCACGCCCAGGUGGAGCUGUUCGUGCAGCACGCCUACUUCGCCUUCCAGGUCGUGCAGGUCUUCCUCAUCACUACGCUUACCUCGGCCGCGUCGGCCGCCCUGUCGCAGAUCCUGCAGGAUCCGCUCUCGGUGAAGGACCUGCUGUCUGAGAACUUGCCCAAGGCGUCCAAUUUCUACCUGUCCUACAUCCUCAUUCAGUGUCUUGCCGCCGGGUCCGCCAGGCUCGCCAACUUCGGCGAUCUCGUCCGGCACGAGAUCAUCUCAAAGGCGUCGGCCAACCCGAGAUGGCGGUUUAAGCGCUGGCGCAAGCUAACCCGCGUCCACUGGGGCAGCGAGUUCCCUCGCUUUACAAACAUGGGCGUUAUCGGUGGGUCAGGCCAUCCCCCAGACACGGACACGCGAACGCUAAUCGGCUGCCACAGCGAUCAGCUAUUCUUGCAUAGCGCCCCUGGUUCUUGUCUUCGCCGGACUCGGCAUGUUCUUCGUCAGCUACAUCUACCGCUACGGGUUGAUCUACGUGUACGACUCGAGCCUCGACACCAAGGGCCUCUUCUACCCCCGCGCCUUGAUGCAGCUCAUGAUGGGCCUCUACAUGGCCGAGAUCUGCCUGAUCGGCCUCUUCGCCUUGAAGUCGGCAUUCGGGCCGCUGCUGCUGAUGGUCAUAUUCUUCGUCUUCUCCGCCCUCGUACAUAUCUCGCUCAACGAAGCUCUCACGCCCCUGCUAUACGGCCUUCCCCGCACGCUGGCCUUGGAGAAGGAUAUCGGCCGCAUCGCUGAGGAUGAAAGGCCGGGGGACGACACCGCCCAUCCCCCAGCC